ACUGUGCGACGCACAUGUCGAGGUGAAAGUGCGAGCUGCCAUUUUUUUUAAGAAGGAAUCUUCCUGAAUAUACAGGCAAAGACAAACUGUGAGUCUCACCAUCACUCUGUAGCAGUUUUGUUUCAUCUGUCGGCGGCCUGAAGACAUUUUCUGCACGAAUAUCACAGCCGCUCGUUUUUGUUUUAAUCCGGGUCCAGGCUCGGGCUCAGCUCAGGGCUGCACCGGGCUGCAGAUGGCUGGUUAGCUGGGCUGGCUACCGUUAGCCGUGGCUGUAAACAAACACUACAGGCAGCGAGGGCACAGCAGCUGAUAAACCAGCUCACGCAUGUCCGCUUCGUUCUGCAGAUGCGGCGGAUGGUUCAGUUAGAGAAAGAGCCAACAGCGAGGGACGUGCCGUUGGAAACGCAAAGCGAGGGGCAGCGGGCGGCAGGAGGCGGUUUGACGCUGCACGUCUGCACGUUUUGCGCCACAACUUCAGAUUUGAUGACUGUGUGAGUUUCUCCAAACUAGAUAGGAGCUCAGUCGCUUUAGAGCGUCUCGGUUCACGGGCUAAACGCACGCCUCACGCCGACAUGUCGUCCUUCUCCGAGUCGGCUCUGGAGAAGAAGCUGGUUGAGCUGAGCAGCUCGCAGCAGAGCGUCCAGACUCUGUCUCUGUGGAUCAUUCACCACCGCAAACACUCGGGCCUCAUCGUCAAAGUGUGGCACCGAGAGUUGAAGAAAGCUAAAAGCUCCAGGAAGCUGACGUUCCUGUAUCUGGCCAACGAUGUCAUCCAGAACAGCAAGAAGAAAGGACCCGAGUUCACGAAAGACUUUGAGUCUGUCCUUGUUGAUGCCUGCUCCCAUGUUGCCAGGGAAACAGAUGAUAGCUCUAAAAAGCACAUGGAGAGACUGCUGAACAUCUGGAAAGAGAGAGCCCUCUACAGAGGAGACUUCAUUCAGCAGCUCAAACUGGCCAUAGAAGACUCCAACAGCCCCAGGCCUUCAGAAGAGAAAAAGGCUGUAAAACGAAGCUAUCAGAAGAUCCAAGAAGAAGAAGAUGAUGAAGAUGACGACUACAGAAGCCACGCCUCCCCUCACAAUGCAGACAUCGCCGCAACUCAACUGACGGAGGAUCUGGUGAAAGCGCUACAGGACUUGGAGAAUGCUGCAUCAGGUGACGCAGCAGUUCGUCAGAAGAUCGCCUCGCUGCCGCAGGAAGUCCAGGACGUUUCCCUGCUGGAGCAAAUCGGGGACAAGGAGGCAGCAGACAAGCUGUCGAAGACGGUGGACGAGGCGUGUUUGCUGCUGGCGGAGUACAACGGCCGACUGGCGGCAGAGCUGGAGGACCGGAGGCAGCUGGCUCGCAUGCUGACGGAAUACAUCAACAGCCAGAGGGAGGCGCUCAUGGAGAGAGAAAAGAAACUAGAGGAGUAUAAACAGAAACUGGCGAGAGUGACCCAAGUUAGGAAAGAGCUGAAGUCCCACAUCCAGAGUCUCCCUGACCUCUCCCUCCUGCCCAAUGUGACCGGAGGUCUGGCGCCACUCCCCUCGGCCGGAGAUCUCUUCUCCACCGACUGAGAGGUCUUUGCCCAGAAACACCACCCCCAUGCCCCUCUUCACCCAAACCCAGCCACAUGUUUGAUUCACAGAACAAUUCCAGCUGUGUCACCAGUCAGAGUGCACAUGUGGUCAAACCUCCCUCAGCAAUUCUGCAAGACAAGAGUGAGGAAGGGACAUUACAAGCAAGGUUUGGUGAAAUCAAAACGCUCUGCAGAGGAGAACAGAGACUCUGUUGGCCUGGAUCUUUCCAGCAUUUGCUCGAUAAACAAGGAUUCCACUCCACCAGCUUAGAACGAGUUUGUUUCCUGUUUGUUUUUACUUUUUUUAGGAGGAGGGGCGCGGUAAAGAAACAAUGCUUAGACAGACAUAAAUGUUGGCUGUAAGGUCGUGUCAAUCAAAGUGUCUUUCUGCGUGGUAUGAUGUGGAUUCUGUGAGCAAACGAAUGCCAUUUGCUCUCACAGUUCUCAGAGUUUGUGACUACACUGUGAAGAGGAUGUACCAUUCAUUAGUUUUAUUUUUGGGUUUUCAGUUGGUGGCUUUUUAUUGACCCAUAGGGGGUCUUGUUGUGUGUAAAAUUAGAGAAGCCAUCAUCAGAUUGGGUUCAGUGCAUGUUGCUUCAUAAACGCAUGCGGUCAACCGUUUCUAGGCGGCGCAUUCAUUUCAGUAACACUUCAUAGAGACAGUGAUUUAAAUAGGUUUUGUCCUCAUAGUAAAAGACAAUAGACAUGCUUGGUUUUUGUGUCCCCGUUUGCAAGCGUCUUUCUCGUUUACAGACUCAAACUUUGUGAUUCAAAACUCCCAUUUGUUUUCAUGCAUUCAUUUGGACAGAUGCUUGAGAUAUGGUAAUUCUGUUAUAAGUGUGUACUAGACAAGGUUUGAGUUUUACAAAUAAAUCCUGAAAGAUUGAGAAAACAUUUCAAAAUGUGAUUGUUUGCUUUCUAAAAGACUAUCUGGUCUUUAAAUGAAUAAAACCGCAAAUCUCAAAAUCUAAAAUAAUAAAUGAGAAAAAACUAAGUAUUAAAUAUAAUUAAUAGUAUGCAGAGCUGGGUAAUGUAGAAAUAAUAAAAUAUCAAGAUAAGUAGCUCAGAUGAAGACCUUUUUAUAUAUUGUGUUUCGGUAGAGCAAACAAACAUUGGAUGUAAAGUGUAAUGGACUGUUUAAGGUUUCACAAUUCAAUUACAUUCUCACAAUUGGUAUUGGUAUUAAAAUUAGGAAAACUCAUUUAUACAUAUUGCGUAGUCCUACCUGUGUAGAUGCUCAGUGAUGAAAUAUUUUAUUGAAGAGAAGCAGAAACAAAUUCACCUCUUCACUCCCUUUAUCAUGUUUUCUUUUUUUCUUUUUAAAUGAGGACACAAACCAUAUCCCUGAAAUGUUAUGUUAAGGAUAGGAAGUGUGACUUUAUUCUCCAAAUCAUUUUUUGUACAACAGUUUCUUAUGAUUUACUUAACAGUUCUCUGUCAAGGCCUGAACAUUCUGUAUCAUUUGUUUAGCUCAUAUUUGAUUUUCAUUUGUCUGUAUACAGCAAAAAAAUAUUUCAAGAAGUUUUAUAAAACUUAAUAAAAAUUGUUUACUUUC